AUGUCUGACUCUCCUAUUCGACGACUUUCCACUAGUAGUCCCAGCCAGCUCAAACGAGAGGAGACCCUCAUCAACGCCUAUGAGGCGGAGGAGGAACGAAUAAUCAACAUACUAUCACGCAAGCUGGAACAGCUCCGCGAAGAGAAAAUCAACCUUGAAAAUGCCCUCGAGGCCGAGUCGGAAUCUCAUGUGAACCGUCUAAACAGAGAGCUCUCCGCGCUGCGUCUGGUACAGCAACAACAGGCAGCAGGAUCACCGUCCGUUUCUCCCGACGCGAGAACCGGGACAUCCGCGUUUCUGAACGGAUAUGAUCCCACUGCUCCCAGCGCUGAGGUGUUGUUAGAGGCUAUGAGGCGUGAAAACGAGCAGUUGAGGAGCCGCUUGGUGGAUACUGAGCGGGACUAUGUGCGCAUCGCACGAUUGAACGAGAUCUAUCGCGAGGAGUUGUUGGAACAUAGACGCAGACUUGGAUUGUCGGUGGAUAACUUGGUUGGAUUGUCAUCAGCAGAUCCGCUUUCACAGCCGACCCACCGACGUUCCCUAUCCAACCUUUCUCCCUCAAAUACGUCUGUUGCACACACCGCGAGUCCUCGCAUGUCACACGGUGUGCCAAUACCUCGACCAUCCCCUGUGCAUCAUCGGCCCUUGAACCACCCCUCUGAAACCACGACGCCGCUUUCACAUUCACCAUCAUCUACAGAGUCACCUUUUGUCUUUUCGCCCACUGCGACAAACCCUGCGAGUUACACGAGUAACGGCACGCAUUCAACAACACCACCCUCGUCAGUUUCACUUACUUCCAACCCUCCUCCCCCAUAUCCUGUUCCCAAUCCCCACGCUUUAACUUAUCCGUCUGUCCCACCUCCGUCGUUAUCUUCAUCGUACGGGUCUCCCAUCAUUUCUUACGUCUCUUCUCCAAUGGAAUCUCUACGGCCAAACGGACGUCUGGGAUCGGACCGCCGUAUGGUAGAGUCCGGAACGCUUAGGAACGGCCUCAGUCGCAGGGCAAGUGUUGAUCGAGGUGCCCGAAUUGCUGAGACGGGGAUGUUGAUGCCUCGCUCACGGGCUGGAAGUCAGAAUCUUGGGGCGAUGUUGGAGGGCACUGAUCUGGCGGAGCAACCUAGCGAGUAUAAAUUAUUGGCGCGUCGUGUUUUACCUCCGCAAACCCCUUUUUUUUCCAUGUCAUACCAAUUCACAGGAUACUCAUCGACGCCCACCACACCUCAGACCCCCAUUCAGUGGGAUGGCGGUGACGCGCCGCAUCUUGAGCAGCAACCACAACCACAGCAACCAGCAGAGAUGUACACCACGCCGUCCCCAUCAACCAUCCAAAUCCAAGAGUUUGUCUCGGUCGUACCCAGCCAUGAUUCUAACCGUCAACGCGACCAUGCGCGCCAUCCUCAGCAGAUAAGACCACAUAUCCAAGUUGAUACACGUCAAAUGCGUGUCGGAACAAGUACCACACCCCCUUCUGGCCCGCCAUCUGCAGGCACUUAUCAGGGGCCGGGCCCAGAACGAGCCCGGGCUAUGCCAAGUUUCGUCGACGCUCGUAUGGUUGCUCACCCAUACAGGCGCCCUCAAAGUGCGGGCACAGGAACAGUCAGACCCAGAAGAGAGUACGAAGAUGUUGUGCAAAGCGUGAGAUCCCAAAGACACGUUUCGGUUGGAAGCAUGCCAGCACCAACCACCGCUCCAACAAGACUCCCCCCUUACCUAGGCACUGCCUCAGCAACAACGUCCUUAAUCAGCCCAGCCCAUGCGGUCAAUGUUCCUCCGGAAAACCGCAAGUUCAUCAUACGAACGGAUGUUCAUUAUGACUCCGAGACGCACCUUUUGAGUGCAUCACUUGAAUUACCUGGCCUGAAGAAGAGCGACAUCAGUAUCGUCCUUUCUACAUGCUAUUACAAUGGAGUGAAACAAGUCGUGGUGUCGGGGAGAGCAAGGCCAGUUUUUCCAAGCAAAGGCUACGCUGUGAGAGAACGCAAGUACGGUGAAUUCACACGAACGCUCGUAGGUUGCGAUUAUGGUUGUCAGCCCGAAGAUAUCACUGCUGAAAUGCAAGACGGGAUACUUACCAUCAAGAUCAGACUUCCUCCUUUUCCAGAAGGAGAACCUAUAGAACACGAGAUCACUGUACAAUGA